UUCGUAUUGAAUUUGCUAAUAGGUCUACAGGUUCGUUUUUAGCAUAUUGUUAGAAAGAUUCCAAACCAAACAAAUUUAAUCGUUAUACAUCCUGACACAACCAAUCAAAAUCACCCGUCUGACUCAGCCAGACGAGUUUAGUGGUAUAUAUAAUUUCCAAAACAAGCUCCUCUUUCCUUUUUCGUAUCCGUUCUUCUUAAAAAAAAACCUAGUCAAAAGUUACCUUUGGUAAUGAAUCCACACAAACAUAACCAUAGUCCAAUCUCUACACUUUCCCCCUCAUCUCCUUAUAAAUUCCUCCUCUCUUUUCAUCUCCUUGCUACCCCAAUAAACCUUAAACGACAACGUUUCACUUCUCUGUUGCUGAUCUUCUUGUUCCUCUGUUUGUCUACUUCUAUGGCAGAUUCAGACACGGGUCCUGUUGUUCAAACCACCCCACUCGUCACCUUCCUCCAGCGCGUGCAACUCACGGCAAUCAGAUCAUACUCAAAGAAACUUGACCCGAAAUUCUACAUUGACCUAUCUCUCAAGGUCCCUCACGAUCUCUCCUCCGCAGAAUCUGCCUUCAAGGACCUCACGAGCGGGUCACGUGACAUGUCGGUGCCAGUGGAGAAGCUUGAGAAGUUCGUCCACGAGUACUUCCACGAUGCAGGGGUGGAUCUUGUGCACCACGAGCCAGAAGACUUCAUCUCAGAUCCCACCGAGUUUCUCCUCAACGUGGAGAACGAAAAAGUCAGAGCAUGGGCGCGUGAGGUACACGGCCUGUGGAGAACCCUGAGCUGCAGAGUCUCUGACUCAGUCAUAAAAUCACCUGACCGGCACACGCUUCUUCCGUUACCGGAACCGGUUAUCGUUCCCGGUUCGAGAUUCAGAGAAGUCUAUUACUGGGAUUCUUACUGGGUCAUCAAAGGACUUUUGACGAGUAAAAUGUUCACUACGGCCAAAGGUUUAGUCACGAAUCUGAUGUCACUUGUGGAGACUUAUGGUUACGCUUUGAACGGUGCUAGAGCUUAUUAUACUAACCGAAGCCAACCACCUCUAUUGAGCUCAAUGGUCUAUGAGAUUUAUAAAGUAACCAAAGAUGAAGAACUUGUGAGGAAAGCUAUUCCUGUGCUUCUCAAAGAGUAUGAGUUCUGGAACUCAGGAAAGCAUAAGGUGAUUAUUCGAGACGCUAGUGGCAAUGCUCACAUUUUAAGCCGCUAUUACGCCAUGUGGAACAUGCCUAGACCUGAAUCCUCUGUUUUCGAUCAAAAAUCAGCUUCGGGGUUUUCGACUACGUUAGAGAAACAACGGUUCCAUCGAGAUAUAGCUACGGCUGCUGAAUCAGGAUGUGACUUCAGCACGCGGUGGAUGAGACAUCCUCCUAAUUUCACAACGAUGGCUACAACAUCAGUUGUUCCUGUUGAUCUAAAUGUCUUUCUUCUCAAGAUGGAACUUGAUAUAGCGUUCAUGAUGGAGAUCACUGGGGACAAAAACGGUUCAGAGCGUUUUGUUAAAGCGUCAGAAGCGAGAAAGAAAGCGUUUGAGACCGUGUUUUGGAACGAAAAAGCAGGGCAGUGGCUAGACUAUUGGCUUUCCUCCAGUGGUGAUGAGCCUGAGGCAUGGAUAGCUGCGAACCAGAACAACAAUGUUUUUGCAUCUAACUUUGCUCCAAUCUGGCUUAGUACCUUCCAUUCAGAUGAAAAUCUUGUCAAGAAAGUUGUCAAGGCUCUUGAAAACUCAGGACUCAUUGCUCCAGCUGGAAUCCUAACCUCUUUGACAAACUCGGGACAACAAUGGGAUGCUCCUAAUGGAUGGGCACCACAACAAGAAAUGAUUGUUACAGGACUCGCGAGAUCGGGUCUAAAGGAAGCUAAACAGAUGGCAGAGGAUAUUGCAAGGAGAUGGAUAAGAAGCAGCUAUUGUGCUUACAAGACAAGUGGGACUAUUCAUGAGAAGCUCAAUGUUUCAGAGUUUGGUGCAUAUGGUGGUGGAGGAGAAUAUAAGCCACAGACGGGGUUUGGAUGGUCAAAUGGAGUUAUAUUAGCAUUCUUGGAGGAAUAUGGAUGGCCCUCUGACCUGAGCAUUGAACCGUAGAUUUACCACUUGUGUAUUAAACAUGAAAUAAAGGAAUUACUUCGUAUAUUUAAAUUUUAUUAGAACUUUAUGAUAGUGGUAAUUAAAUCGUAGUUUUAGUUUUGGUGUAUCUGUUUGGGGUUUUCAGUCAGAAUGUUUAGAGUUCCAGAGAUCGAUAGAAUCAUCACACAUUCAUACCAACUUAUGAUCGGUUUCACUCUAGUUCAUCUUUAUUUUCCAAUAAAAAGAAUUAGGCAAACGAUAAAAUGAAUUGCCCGGAGAGGCUAUGACAUUUUGUACAAUAUAACCAAAAAAACCCAACGAUUCUUCAUAAAAU